AUGGCCAAUAAUUUUGUUCUUUUGGUUUAUUAUUUUGCUGUUGUGCAUUGGGUCUUUGCUGGACGAAUCGAAUACCAAGACUGUGAAGGGAUUACAAAUAGCUCGAGCAAUGUUACCCUAGAAAUGUCUGAUUGUCCUAGUGGUAGCAACUGUACUUUGGUGAAAGGUUACACAUAUUACAUGACCACAAAAUUUACUUUACAAGAAAAUGUAAAGAACAUGCUUGUUCGAGUUUCGGGUGUGAUGGGUCGCGUUAGGAUGCCAUACACGAAGGACAAGCCUGUGUGCUCGGAAGUGACCACAGAGGACGGAGAAAACUGUGACCCACAAAUCGGAUUUCAAAAAGGAAAGUCAUAUUCACACGUCUUGAAUCUUCCCGUCCGAAACAUCUUUCCCGAAAUAUCUAUGAGAAUUAGAACAGAGUAUUUCGACAGUUCCAGAUUAACAGACAACAGCAUUAAACUUUGCUUUGAAGUUCCCAUCAAGAUAAAGUAA